UGAGGCGGAAAUGAAUAUGAUAUUAGGAAAAGAAUAUGGUAUAUUUAAUCAAUAUUUGUUGUAUAUUACGGUAUAUUUCUGAGGGUCAGACCGUAUAUUUUAUCCGCGGUCAGACUGUUGUGAAAUUGCGCCUUUGAAGAGUUCCGAAUUUCUGUAAAAAAAAAAAACCAAAAUAAUGGCAACUAACAAGGAAUGCCUGGUUAUUGUACUGGACAUACGGAGCUGCGCUGCCGAGGAGUUUAAACUGAAGUCUGUGAAAUGUGUGUCCGAAAUACUCAAGGAUAAGAUCGUGUGCAGCAGUAAGGACUAUGUAUCCUUUGUACUGGUGGGCAGUGACCGCGAUAAUAAUAAUAGCGACUGCCAGAAUGUGAUGUACUUCAAGGAGGGUGAGGUGCAGCUCUGCAGCUGGCAACUGUUGCUGGAUCUCUUUAGAUUUGUGAACGAAACGGCCUGCGAGCAGGGCGAGUGGCUGGACGGAAUAAAGGUGGCCCUAGCCAUGCAGGAAACUGCCCAGUUGUUAAAGCCCGCCAGACAGCGCAUACUUCUGCUCUUUGACUUCAAUUCAAUGCCACAGAACUACUGCGAAUUCAAUUCAAUCACCGACGAGCUGCUGAACUCUGGCAUCGAAUUAAUUGUUGGAUCCCACAACAUUGCUUAUAUAGACAAUGCAGAGAGCCAAGACCCUCAGGCCAUUUUCAAUUUCUCGCGAAAGUGCACUCCCGAGGAGUUGGAGAACCAGAAGUAUGCCCUGAGUCUCGUUCCCCGGUGCAAUGCGACGCUCUGCAGCUUCAAGGAGACUCUGCAAUCGGUCUUCAAGGUGACGAACAGACGGCCAUGGUCGUGGAACGCCAAGCUGUACAUCGGCAGCAAUAUCAUCAUCAACGUGCAGGGGAUGAUUGCUAUGAAGAACCAAACGCCCGUCAAGCUGGAGCGGGUCUGGGCCGUGUCCGAUGAGACGGUGUCGCGUGAAACGCACCAUUUCAUCAAAGGUGCUGAGGUGACGCCCCAGCCCGAGGACCUUAUGACCGGCUACAUGCUGGGCGGCACAGCUGUGCCCUAUGAUGAUUCGCUACUCGAGCCGAAAGCGCCGCAUCCGCCAGGUCUGCACUUCUUCGCAUUCAUCAAGCGGGACUCGGUGCCGGAUGAGUACUUCGCUGGGGAUUCGCUGUACCUGCUGGCCCACCAAAAGGGAAGCACAGCGUCGGCCAACAAACUGGAUGCCCUGGUGAGGGCUUUGCGCAGCAGCAACCAUGCGAUGCUCUGCUGGAAGAUCUACAGCCCCAAGUUGAACACCCCCAAAAUGGUGAUUCUGCUGCCGAAAGUGCCGGACGACACCCAUCCGGCCACGCUCUACAUGCUGGAGCUCUCCUACACGUCGCAGCAUCACUUCUGGGACUUUCCAUCGUUGCGCACUGCCAAGUCGGAGUGUAGCGAUGAGCAACUAGAGGCCAUCGACAAGCUGAUCGACAGCACCAACCUGGAGUGCAGCCUCAGCGAAACCCAGCAGCCGCGAAAGUGGCGUCGGAACGAUCUGAUGCCAUUUGACAGUCUGCCAAGCAUCUUCGAGCAGAACGUGAUGGAUGUCCUGGAGCGAAGGGUGAUCAAGGAGCGGCAGGACGAUGAGCAGUUCAAAGAAAUGCUGAAGGACAAGAACUUUGUCGACGUCUUCUGGAGUGUCCCCGAGCCGCUCGAAGAGAAAUCAAAGCAAGCAGCAGCCACCGUGAAGAAGCUCUUCCCACUGAAGCACAGCAGAGCCUGGCUGGAAAAGCUCCAGGCCAAGGAGCAGGCCGAGAAUGCUCUGCCCGUCAAGGCCGAGCCCCAAGAGAAUGAAAUUCCCAUUCCAGCGGACGGCGUGGGCUUGGUCACACCCGCCCAGGACUACACUCGCAUCCUGUCGAGCGUCCGCUCCAUUAGCAACGUCACCCGGAGAGAUGCCCAGUUCCAGGCGCUGGCCGCCCAAGUCCGUGUGGUUAUCGUCACUCUUCUCGAGCGGAAAAAGCUCAACCUGGAGCAGCUGGGCGAGCUCAUUUCGCUGUACCGGCAGAGCUGUCUCGAUUUUAAUGCGUUCCUGGAGUACGAUAAGUUUACGGAGGACCUGAAGAAGAUCGCGCUGGCGAAGAGACUGAAGGAGUUCUGGAAGGACAUCAUAGAUGGCAGACAGCUGGGUCCCUUGGUGCUGGGCGAGCCCACUCUGGACGAUGAACUGAGCCUCAAGGCGUAUUAUACCAUCGAUGACUGGCAGGAAGAUCAGGCGCCGUCUCCGGAUACAGAACUCCAUUGAAAAUUGUUUCUUAUUCGGUUUCCCAAUUAUAUUUAGUUUAAUUAAUUUCAAAAUACAUUUACGCUUCACAAACGCACA